AUGCAACGGCCGGCGACAAUCAACUCAAUUGAGAUCCAUGGAGCCAAGAACACACGCAAGAACUUCCUUGACCCAAUAUUUCAGCCUCUAGUUCACGAUAGCCGCAAUGUUGGCACAACCUUGGGAGAUGUUCUAGCCGGUUUGCAAGAAGCUACUACGAAGUUGGAGAGGUUUGAUAUUUUCAAGCCUUCCCCGACCGUCUACCUCGCAGACGCCCGCCAAAAUGACGCUUCCGCCGCCGGCACCGAUCUCGAUAUCUCGAUUCGCGUUGCCGAGAAGUCCCGCUUUAUCCUUAAGACUGGCACAGACUUGGGGAACACAGAAGGCUCAGCAUACGGCAACCUGCUAUGGAGGAACAUGUUCGGCGGCGCCGAGACACUCUCGCUCAACGCCAGCGCCGGAACCCGCACGCGGUCAGCUUACAGCGCCGCCUUCUCCACGCCCGUCAACAGCAGACCCGACCUACGGCUGUCUCUCGAGGGUCUGGCCUCUGCUACACAAAAGCCAUGGGCUAGCCACGAGGAGGUGCUCAAGGGCGGUGCGGUCCGGCUGUCGUGGCUCUCAGAGUUCGGCGACGCGCACAAUCUCGCAUACACGGGGACUUGGAGGCAACUGACGGGCCUUAGCGGCGGCGCUUCUGCGACGGUUCGCACGGAUGCCGGGGAUAGCGUCAAGAGCGCGAUUGCGCACACUUUCACACGGGAUCGGCGAGACAAUCCCAUGCUUCCCCAAAGCGGCUACCUUCUCCGAACGGUGACCGAGCUGGCUGGCUGGGGACCUCUUGCAGGCGAUGUUUCAUUCUCCAAGUCUGAGGUCGAGCUAUCUGGUGCGAUACCAGUCGGCCUUCCGGGAGUGAGCAGCAGUCGGACAGGUAUCUCAAUUGGAGGCGGUUUCCGCUGUGGCCUGCUUUACCCGCUACCCCUAGGUUAUGCCCUCAGUGGGAAGACGAGCCCAAGCCGAUUGAACGACCGGUUCCAGCUUGGCGGACCAACUGAUGUUCGUGGUUUCAAAAUUGGCGGGUUGGGGCCCCGGGACGGUGCUGAUGCCGUCGGUGGAGACGUCUUUGCUGCCGGCAGUGUCAAUAUACUGUUACCUCUACCGCGAAGUGGUCCCUCCUCUCCUCUAAGAUUCCAACUUUUUGCAAAUGGUGGCCGCCUCGUGGCUCUGAAGAACAAGGGCAAAAGCAAGGAGAGCGGCGAAGGUACAAGUCUGGACUCAAAGGCAGUUAAGGAUGGUAUGAAGGCAGCCUUGUCCGAGCUGGCGAACGGUCUGCCCAGCUUGGCGGCAGGUUUUGGACUGGUGUAUGCCCAUCCCGUCGCCAGAUUCGAGCUGAAUUUCAGCUUGCCGCUAGUGAUGCGAAGGGGGGAGGAGGGUAGGAAAGGCCUGCAGGUUGGCGUAGGCAUCAACUUCCUGUGA